GCCAAAAAGACGAACCCAAGGUGAGCAACGCCACCAACUUCCUGUGGUCCCAACUCACGGGAAUGCUGUCCUCCGGGCCAAAACGUCCCUGCGAGAAUCCGCUGACGGACGCUGACAAGAUCGAAAUUGCUCAGAAUUCGCUGGUGAACACCUACGGAAUCGAUAAGUUGGCCAACAAACCUUUCUGUCGCCCCCCAGCUGCCCCGCCUGCGACGCCAGCGGUGAAAAGCGAAAGUGGCGCCACGCCUGAUGCAGGAGAUGACCUGGAUCAACAACUGGCAGAUUUGCUCAAGAGGACUGCAGUGAGACCAAGCGUGGCUGAGUAGUCGCUAGUUGCCAGACCCACCUCUCGAAUGAGACGUGCGGGUUCUGGCAGUGUGGCCCGCUGGCUGCAGAAAA